AAUGUCCUACAUUUUCCUGGGAUGUCCUCCAUUUUAUGGUGCCUUGUCCUCCUUUGCGGGGAGGACAUCUGCUCACCCUGGAUGUGUGCCUGUCCUCUUAAGGAAAGGGAAGGGGACGUCAUGCUUGGAGCUGCAGGUUACCCUGUGAUCAACAGCCCUGUUCAGACAUUGAAGACUGGCUGUGUCAUGAAUCCUCUGUUAGCAAAAAAGAUCUUCAAAGGAAUUUUACUUCUGGAAUGUCUUGGCUUUGCUGGAGCAUAUGCAUUGUAUUACAAGAUGGACACAAAUCAAGAUUUCAGGAAAAAAAUGAACAGGAGAUAUCCAUCUAUCCUGGAAGUUUAUUACAAAAGUAAUGAGUGGUCUGGUAUUUAUGGCAAAAGAGAGCAAGAUCAAGAGACAUGGUUAAGCAACAAAAACUAGAACAUUCUGUGCCCAAACCUCUUUUUCUGCUUGAUGAUACUUUUUGCAUCCCUGUUGUGAAUCCACUUGUCACGCUCUGCCUCCCACUUGAGCUGUUUCAAAUCUUAUGGAGGAAGAUAUGGAACAAGUAACACAAGUUAAUGGAGUAACUACAUCCCUAGAACAUUUGGCACUGAGGUUUUAUAUGAUAUGAAGAAAACUGCAUAAGAUAUUAGACUCAAAAGAUUGAAUGAAGCACAAAUGACUACAAGAUGUUUGCUGUAAUAUUCUCCAAAAAAGGAAAGUGUUCAGCUUUCAAUUUGUGUUAUUUUUUACUGUUCAGAAUUAAGCAACUUAUACUGCAGUCGUAUUCUACAGAUUUAGGUGAAGCUGAUUAAAUAGUCUUCUAGAGUCCAUGAAUGCUUAUGUUAGAAUAAACAAAUUAAUCUUAAAA